AUGGGGUUUGAGGAUGAAUUUUUGGAUUUGUUGCAGAGAAACAAUCCCAUAUUACACAAAGGCGAGUGGGUGCUGCGCUGUUCAGGAUGCGACGGCCCUUUGACCGAGCGGGUGAUGCUGAAGCUGAGAGACAGACUAUGGCACACAAACUGCCUGCGAUGUGCGGAGUGUGGACAACCCCUGACGCACAAGUGCUACCACAGGGACGACGCACACUACUGCGAAGAACAUUUUUUCAGACGGUAUGGUACCCGUUGCCAAGGCUGUGGAAGAGGUGUGUUGCCCUUAGAAACAGUCAGAAGAGUUCGCCAAUGGGUGUUCCAUCUCCAGUGUUUCGUCUGUUCUCUGUGCGGGCGGGAGCUUACGACGGGGGAUCAAUUCUACUUGCUCGAAGACCGAAAACUUGUUUGUCUAGAAGAUUAUGCAACGAUUGGAACAGACCAGGGUGGCAACAACAAGCGUCCUCGAACAAGCAUAAAUUCGAGCCAAUUGGAAGCCUUAAAAGCAGCUUACCGACGGAGUCCGAAGCCCAGCCGCCAUGUUCGAGAACAACUGUCCUUGGAAACGGGUUUAGACAUGCGAGUCGUGCAGGUGUGGUUUCAGAAUAAAAGAGCCAAGGACAAGCGCAUGAAAAAAGAAGUAAAAAAGCCACACUGGGACAAGCAGUCAAAUUCUAUAGUCGGCGGAGAAGCACUUGGAACAACCGAAGGACAUUCCACCAGAGUUCAUUUGGAAGGCCUAUCAGGACUAUCAGCAACUAUGGGUUAA